GGACCCGACGUCUGAACGUCUGCUUCGAGCCGCCGCCUGUCGAGAGAGAAGAAGCCAACGCGUGUGUGGCUGUCUUUGCUCGUUCUCUGACCGCCCCUCCGUCGCUUCUCCACCCGCUCGCGUCGCCUCCCGACCGAGCUAGACUCUGCACCCUUCGCUCGCCCGACUUACUUCCGUUAACGGGCGUUCUCAAUAUGAGCGCCGCCUCAGCCGUCUCUACUACUCGCCCCGAGCAUCUGCCCGGGAUGUUCGGGACAACCAUGACGCCGCCGUCUCAACGGCGUCUUUUUCUCGGCGCGUAGGCGCCGGGAAGCCGCCUCCUGACGUGCUCUCGGCGCCGUGGCAAGCCGCAGACUCGCUCCUGGAUUUGGACGAGAAUGAUGGUCUGUCGCUGCUGCCUGAGAGCGCGUUGGAGGUGGCGACAGCUUGUCGGGACUUGGUCGUGGACAAGCUGAAUAAGAGGAGGGAUUUUGUGGUGCAGGAAGGAGAGAGGGAGAAGACUAAGGAGGAAGACGCGGAGCAAGUGGAGGACUCGCUCAAUGUGGACGAAAUCAGCGACUUGUUCUCGUGUGUAGAGCGAGAGGAGACGUCUGGUGUGGAUUUUAGUGUGUUCAUCGAAGAAGCGGAUGAUGUUAACGUGGAGGAGAUUAAUCAGAUGCUCUCAAGCUUUGAUAACAGCAAGGCGUGCAGUACUGACGACUUGGAGCUGACGACGUCGUCCCCUGUGGAUGUUGUUGACACGAAACAGCUGGAGUUCGAGAUGGAAGAAAAUGUGAAGACGUCGCUGGAGCUUUGCAGUCCAUUUGGCGACGUCGUAGCUAGACUCGAAGAGGAAGAUGCAGACGCGGAGAAUGUUGCCAUGUUGUCGGAGAUUUUCUCUGCAACGUUGGAGGACAAGGACGCAGCUGAGCCGGUAGUUGAAUUGCCACCGACGUAUUCGGUCGCCGACUAUGAGGACGCCAAGAAUGUAGGUUUGGUGGCAGAGCUGUUCACCUCGCUUGAGGAGAGCAAUGAAGUUGGCCAAGAAGUGGAAGUAGCAGACAAAUCGACGACGCAGGAUUGGAUUGAUGCCUUGGAGGUGGACAACGUGGCUUCGUUGUUCUCCGAGCUGGAGCAGGCAGAGAAGACGCAGACGGCAGCACCCACAUCGGUCACAAUGGACUCGCGGAUCUUCGUGCCCAAGUUCUCUGUGCGAAUCGAGGGCGGUCAGCGACCAGGAGAACGUCGGCCAGUAGUUGGCCCCAGCAGCCAUCUGCUUGUAGGUCCGCCUGGCGUCUUAUUGGCUGGCCCGCCCGCCGCGUCCCGCGAGGAACGCGUCGGUCGCUGGAAGUCCAAGCGGAAGACACGGUCGUUCUCGACCAAACAGCCCGACCCGACGCUCUCCAACACGAGACGCGCCAGCGCCGCCAAGCGCCAACGCGUCAAAGGCCGCUUUAUCAGUGACACAAAUACGUUCGUCUCCAUCACCGCGCUCCAGAGGUGAUCCAAUUCUCGCAUCGAUUCCUAGACCAGCUUUCCCCUCUUAAAAUGCACUGAAAACUUCCAAAAGGAUUCUA